GAUCUGCUGCGCGCGGUGUUUCGGAGCAGCAGCAGUGUAUUGUACCGAUGUGAAGUGAAUUCGGCAGAUGGCAGUAUCUGUCAGACGCGUGAGCGCCUCAACAAUGACACUCGCAACACUGUAACACCGAAACAUUCUAACGCGGUGCUCGCAGAUACAAUGUAUCGAACCCGACAGAUGCUGCCGAGCCGAAGCAGAAACGCCGACGAGAAUUAAACCUGCGAUGGCUCUCCAUUUCUCUCUCACGUCUCUCGGGGAGCUCCAAUCGCUCGCUACUCGAACCGACAGCUAAUACUGCCAGGCACAGGCGGCUGCGUGCGUUACACGGGGCUCAUGGCGGAGUUUGUCGCCGAGAACUGCGGGGUCUCAUCGCCGAGCGCUGGCGGGAAAUCCGCCCAGCCCGGCGAUGAGGCGGACGGCAGAGCUGCGAGCGAGGUGUCGGUCUCGAACGGGGACUGUGGACUGUGUGCACCCGAGAACCAGGGGCUCGAGACGGCCAACGCGUCUGUGGUGCCGGACGGCAAAUCUGGAAUACCACGGAAGGCCAGUAUUAUUAAGGAUGGUUCCAGGCGGUGCAAGGAAAGGAAAAAGACGGUGUCAUUCAGUAGCAUGCCAACAGAGAAGAAGAUCAGCAGUGCAAGUGACUGUAUUAAUUCAAUGGUGGACGGGUCUGAACUAAGGAAAGUACGCUCCAACUCCAGAGUCUACCACCGUUACUUCCUCCUAGAUGCCGACAUGCAGUCUUUGCGAUGGGAGCCAUCCAAAAAAGAGUCGGACAAGGCCAAGAUUGAUGUAAAAUCAAUUAAAGAGGUGCGAACUGGUAAAAACACGGACACCUUCAGGACCAAUGGAAAUUCGGAUCAGAUUUCCGAGGAUUGUGCGUUCUCUAUAAUCUAUGGGGAGAACUAUGAAUCACUUGAUUUAGUGGCAAAUUCAGCCGAUGUAGCAAAUAUAUGGGUGACUGGACUCAGGUACUUAAUAUCAUAUGGAAAACACACUCUUAACAUGAUCCAGAGCAGUCAGGACAACAUGCGUGCGUCCUGGCUGGGCGACCUCUUCGACGAAGCCGAUGUCAUUGGUGGAAAAUGCAUUAGUCUUUGUUCGGCCGUGCAGCUGAUCAAGAAGUUAAGUCCUGGGCUGAAAAAUGUCAAGAUAGAGCUGAAGUUCAAAGAGUUGCACAAAGCGAAAGAUAAAAUCGGUUCUGACGUGACUAAGGAGGAGUUCAUUGAAGUCUUUCACGACCUUUGCACAAGACCAGAAAUCUAUUUUUUGUUGGUGCAGUUCUCAAGCAACAAGGAAUUUCUUGACACCAAGGACCUGAUGAUCUUUUUGGAGGCAGAGCAGGGCAUGGCCAAGGUGAGCGAAGACAUCAGCGUGGAAAUUAUUCAGAAGUAUGAACCUUCGAAGGAGGGGCAACACAAGGGAUGGCUCUCCCUGGAUGGGUUUAUCAAUUACCUCAUGUCAGCAGACUGCCACAUCUUUGAUCCUGAACAAAAAAUAGUAUGCCAAGACAUGAACCAACCCCUUUCUCACUAUUACAUAAACUCUUCCCACAAUACCUACCUGAUUGAGGACCAGUUCAGGGGUCCGUCAGACAUUACGGGCUACAUCCGUGCCCUGAAGAUGGGCUGCAGGAGCGUGGAACUUGAUGUAUGGGAUGGGCCGGAUAAUGAACCGGUCAUUUACACGGGCCAUACGAUGACCUCACAUAUUGUCUUCCGCAGCGUCAUUGACAUCAUCAACAAAUACGCUUUCGUAGCCUCGGAAUUUCCUCUGAUCCUGUGCUUGGAGAACCACUGUUCCUUGAAGCAACAGAAGGUAAUGUUUCAGCACCUGAAGAAAAUACUCGGAGACAAAAUCCACGCGGAUCCUCCCAACCUUGAGGACAGCUACCUUCCGUCCCCUUCGGACCUAAAGGGAAAGAUUCUUCUGAAAGGAAAGAAACUUGCGAGCAACUGCACCGGCUCCGAAGGCGAGGUGACGGAUGAGGACGAGGGUGCGGAAAUGUCUCAACGGAUGAACAAUGAGGGUGGCGAGCAGCAGACGGUUGUUCAACCCAAAAAGUUCCAGCUUUCCAAGGAUCUGUCCGACUUGGUAACCUUAUGUAAGUCUGUUCGGUUUAAGGAUUUCAAGACAGCUUUCCAGAACCAGAAGCACUGGGAGCUCUGCUCCUUCAAUGAGGUAUUUGCCAGUCGGUGUGCCACUGACCACCCUGGUGAGUUUGUUAACUACAACAAGAAGUUUCUAGCAAGGGUUUACCCAAGUCCAAUGCGAAUUGAUUCUAGCAACAUGAACCCGCAGGACUUUUGGAAAUGCGGCUGUCAAAUAGUAGCAAUGAACUAUCAAACACCGGGUCUCAUGAUGGACCUCAACAUUGGCUGGUUUAGACAAAACGGGAACUGUGGGUAUGUUUUACGCCCAGCGAUCAUGAGGGAGCAGGUGUCUUAUUUCAGUGCCAAUACUAAAGACUCUGUUCCGGGAGUGUCUCCACAACUCCUUCACAUAAAGAUCAUUAGCGGACAAAAUUUGCCUAAACCCAAGGGCUCAGGCGCCAAAGGCGAUGUGGUAGAUCCAUACGUUUAUAUUGAAAUUCAUGGCAUCCCUGCGGAUUGUGCAGAACAAAGGACUAAAACGAUCCAUCAGAAUGGCGACAACCCCAUCUUUGACGAAAGUUUCGAGUUUCAGAUUAACCUUCCGGAACUGGCAAUGGUGCGCUUUGUUGUUCUGGAUGACGACUACAUUGGGGAUGAGUUUAUCGGUCAGCACACAAUUCCAUUUGAAUGCAUUCAGCCAGGUUUCCGCCACAUUCCCCUGCAGUCGCUGACGGGCGAAGUCCUUCCACACGCCUGGCUCUUCGUCCAUGUGGCCAUUACUAACCGUCGUGGUGGGGGUAAACCUCACAAAAGGGGGCUUUCGGUGCGCAAGGGUAAAAAGGGUCGGGAGUACGCCACCAUGAGGAUACUUCUCAUCAAGACUAUAGAUGAAGUCUUUAAAUCUGCUGCACAGCCACUUCGGGAGGCCACUGAUCUCAGAGAGAACAUGCAGAAUGCCAUUGUGCCGUUUAAAGAGCUUUGCGGUCUGUCUGCGGUGGCCAACCUGAAGCAGUGUAUACUAGCGCUGUCCCCACGCCUCGUCGGGCCGGACAGCAGCCUGGUUUUGCUGUUUAACCUCAAAGAUCAGUACCCCACCAUGGAGGCCCAGGGCCUGCUGCCUGAAGUGCUGAAGAAAGUGGUCACCGCUUAUGAGAUGAUGAUCCAGACCUGCCGAACGCUGCUGGAGAGCUCAGACAGUGUGUACGAGCGAAUACUGCAAGUCCAGAAAUCAGCGAUGGAGUUCCAUGAGAAUCUACAUGACAUGGGGGUGAAGGAGGGACUGAAGGGAAGAAAGCUCCACAAAUCCGUAGAGAGCUUCACCUGGAACAUCACGAUUCUGAAGGGCCAGGCUGAUCUGCUGAAACACGCUCGGGCAGAAGUGCUGGAAAACCUGAAACAGAUCCACUACGCCGCCCUCACCUGUAACCUGGCCAAGGGAGGAGCGGGACCCUCUUCGGGGUCCGAGUCCAGGGGCCGCCGCAGCCUGGAGGCCAUCCCGGAGAAGGCCAUCCCAGAGAAGGCGGUCGGGGAGAACGACAUCACAGAUGAGGAGAACUGAGGGUGCCCAAGCGUCCCGCCAAAUCCCAUAAAUCCUCUCCCAGGGUCGGCGUGUACCGCGAGCCGCGGGUGGCCAAAAACAUUUCAAAAGAUCUCAGCACUUCUCGCCCGCAGGACGCUUCAGAACCAAACAAAGCGAGUGAAGCCAAGGCCUCCUCUGCUUCCCAUUUCUCCUCAGUGCUGUCGGUAUCCGGGGUCAGGUGGGUGUCGACGAGGCUGAACUUCGCUUCAGGUCUUUCUACAAGCACAAACUUUUGAGUAUUAGGAGGAAUUAGAACUGAAGCCACGAAUGUAACGAGAUGUCGUGUGCGAAUGUGUUCGAGGAAAGCAGAAAGCUGUUUACAAUAAAGAACUACUUUGCGUUCUGUCUGCUAAAAUAGUAUGUGUGUGUAUAUACAGUAUAAAUAUAUAAAUAUGGAGAUCUGUUACCUUUUUUGCUAUGUGAACUUUUAAUGGAUCAGAUUAUUUUGUUAUGAGAAAUGGAUGUUUUAAAGAGCUCUUAUUUUAUUUGCUUGUACAGAACUUGAGAUGUGGAUCUUAUGAGACGGCCCCGGCCCUUUAUGGGCUUUUUAAAAAUGAUUUGUAUAAAUGCAGGAGGAUUUUGAGGAUGUGGUUCGAGAGAGAAUCUAGUUUCAGACAUUACCAGCAGCUACUGUACAUUUGAAUAGGUGAGAGUCUCUGGGCUACUCUUUAGCAAAUGUGAACAUUGCAAAGUUUAAUUUAAUUUACAUUUAGUCAUUUAGCAGAUGGUUUUAUCUAAAGCAACUUACAAAUGAAAAUUCCUUAAAUUGUCAUUCUGUGUGUGUACAGAAUACAGGACUGAACAUUUUGCAUAACGUGUCUCUAAAAAAGAAAGAUGAAAGCCAACAGUUUAACCCAGUGGUUCUCAACCUUUUUGACUCCAAGGCCCCAGAUUGUCUACAAUAUUUAAAUGUCCCCUUAAUUUGAAGGAUUAAGGUAUGUGUAUAAUAUAUAUUCAUUUUUAUAAAAAUGCCCUAAAAAUGCCCUAAAUGUUUUAAGAUUGCAUUGAUUUACAUGACUUGUCCGGAUCUAGCAAUUAAAAUUAAUUACAAUUUAACUCAUUUGAAAGCCCCCUUAAUGUGACGUA